AUGGCACGUUCUUCCGCAUGGCUGGUACUGCUGUUGGCAGUCUUCUUCCAGGCCAUGCCUCAAGCCUCAGCAGGUGGCCCUGGUGGAAGACCUGGUGGUGGUGCUCCAGCGCCUCCCUCACAUCAACCUGCUCCAGCUCCAGCUCCAGCUCCAGCUCCAGCUCCAGCUCCAGCGCCUCCCUCUCAUCAACCUGCUCCCGCUCCCGCUCCAGCUCCAGCGCCUAACCGCAAUCCAAACCCGCCCAGCAACCCCAAUACCACUCCUAGGCCGGUCGUGUCGCAACCUUCACGUCCUUCUCAGCCCCCUCGAGUCUCGUACUCUGGCGCAAAGAUAGUUGGGACGGCUCAGUUGCCAUCAUCAUUGUCAACCGCUAUUUUCCCCCAGGGCGCGUCGAGCACCGACGUCCCCAAGCACAGCGGAUCUCUUGGAAUCAAUGGACUGCCCCAGAGCAAGACCAACGGUAAUUCGCUGCUCGGCACACUCUGGGCACCUACGUACGACAGGUAUAUUGGAGACGCACCGGAUCAGACCAAUUCUACUGUGGCUCCAUCGGGAGGGUUUCCAUGGGGAGACCGAACUGCGGCCGCCACCAAUCCGUACUCGUCAGCUCCCGUCACCGGUGUUGUUCGUUCAUACAACUUUGAGAUCACACGAGGCUAUCUGGCUCCUGACGGGGUCGAAUUGGAAGUCUUGUACGUGAACGGCGCGUACCCUGGUCCUACAAUCGAAGCCAAUUGGGGCGAUACAAUCCAAGUCACGGUCACCAAUGGCAUAACGGGUCCCCAGGAAGGCACAUCCCUCCACUGGCACGGAUUGUUGCAACAAGGCACUCCUUUCGAAGACGGUGUGCCUGGAAUCACUCAAUGCCCUAUCGCUCCCGGCCAAACCUUCACUUACACGUUCAAUGCUGAUCUCUACGGCACUUCUUGGUAUCAUUCUCACUACAGUGCACAGUAUGCCGGCGGUGUUAUUGGUGCAAUCAUCAUCCACGGCCCGCAGAAUGCCGUCUACGAUGUCGAUCUUGGACCGGUCAUCUUGUCGGAUUACUUCCACGAGGAGUACACCACUCUGGUCGCGGAUAUUAUGAGCACCGAUCUCUCUAAGAUUAUGCCAAUGGCAGACAACAAUCUCAUCAACGGCAAAGGAUUCUAUGACUGCUCCUCCAUGGAAGACAACUCGACGUGCACACCGAAUGCUGGGCUUUCCAAGUUUCAAUUCACCUCUGGGGAAUCGUAUCGUCUGCGGCUCAUCAAUGCUGGCGCUGCUGCGACGCAGCUGUUCAGCAUCGACAACCAUACUCUCACCGUGAUUGCAUAUGACUUUGUCCCCAUUCAGCCAUAUACUACGGAUGUUGUGACUCUCGGAGUUGGCCAGCGUGCGGACGUGAUUGUUCAAGCGACUGGGUCUCCCACGUCGGCGGUCUGGAUGAGAUCCAUCGUCCCAGCACGCUGUGGCGGCUCGACACAGCCCGUGGGUCUCGGAAUCGUCUACUACCAGAACGCGAACACCACGUCCGAACCAACCACAAAGGGGUAUCCCAUCGACGAGUCGAUGUGCGGCAGCGACCCUCUCAGCCAGACUGUCCCGUACGUCCCCAUCACGCCACCAACAUCGACCACGACCAUCCAAGUUGACCUCAACUUCGAAAUCAACGCCACCGGGCACUACCUGUGGACCAUGGACGGCUCCACUUUCCGCACUGACUACAACGAUCCCAUUCUCCCGCUCGCCAUUGCUGGAAAUGACAGUUACCCAGAAGAGUGGAACGUGUACGACUUUGGCAGCAACACGAGCUUCACCAUUGUUGUCAACAACGAGACCCCCAUGGUGCAUCCCAUGCAUAUUCACGGCCACAACAUGUAUGUCCUGAACGAAGGCUCCGGCCGGUGGGACGGCAGCGUCGUCAACCCUUCCAACCCGAUGAGACGGGACGUCGUCCAGCUGCAACCGGGCGGAUAUAUGGCCUUCCAACUGGACGCGAACAACCCGGGCGUGUGGCCUUUCCACUGCCACAUCGCAUGGCACGUGAGCGCCGGUCUGUACAUGAACAUCUUGGAGCGAACCGACCUUCUUCCCUCGGUCGACGUGCCCGCGAGUGUCAGCAAUCUGUGCAACGCAUGGUCCGCCUUCACGGCCGAGGGCCCCAUUGACCAGAUCGACUCGGGCUUGAAGAAACGCGGCCACAACCACCUCCACCGACACAAGCACUCGAACAUUGUCCGGCGGACCUUGUAA